AUGCAGGCAUCAAAAUACGGUACAUUUGGUAAACAUCGUGAAUAUCAAUUAAUCAAAGCUAAAGAGAGUUUCGAAGCAGCCGUUCAGUAUCAGUUUAAAUUGAAGGAAAAGUACAUAUUAGGAAGUCAAAUUCAUGGAAAUAUCACUUGUUAUGAACCUUUGUUUGAAUACGAAGAUAGUUGCGAGAAAUUGGAGUUUAAUGAAUGUAAACCGGACAAAUAUCGAUGUACUAAUGGAAUGUGCAUAACUGAACAAUAUUUUCUUGAUGGUAGGCCAUUCUUUAUAACAUUAUUAGACCUUGACAAAGUACGGGUUCGAGCUACUUCGUUUACUGGUAGUAUCAAAUGUGUCGGUUAUCAAGGUCAUGUACCUGUAGACAACAUUACCGAAAUAAAUCCAACUAAUUUAGUACUAGUCUUAAAUCAUAUAGAAACAAGUUUUUGCAAUCACAACGGGAUAACACCUAAUUUUACUGGUCCACAAUAUGACAGAAACUGUUGGUUAAAUCGUUUGUAUCGUUGUGCGAACUCACAGCGGUGCAUAUCAAUGUACCGCAUUCGCGAUGGAUUUGUUGGCUGUCCUCAAGGUGACGAUGAAACAACAAUUAACUGCCCAGCAUUCACACAAAAAUAUCGUUUUCGUUGUGAACAAGCUUGUUUGUUCGCAAGGAUGUUAGGUAAUUUAAAUGAUGAUUGCCCCUUGAGCAACUACGAUGAAUUUGACUAUGUAAGUAAUAUCAAAUUAUCUUAUAAUUUAUGUCGAGAAGAUGAUCUGGAUGCGUGUAAUACUGUUAGAAAAUAUAUUGAACGUGCACAAAUAUCAUUUCUAAAUACUUCAACUAACACAUUAUCGUUGCAACCAAAUAAACCUGGCUAUAUAAAAUUUGAUCAAUAUUGCGACACAUUUGGAUUUGUUCUUAAAUCGCUAGGCCAACUUAUUUUGAUUCCUUCUAAAAAAUUAAUUGAAAAGUUUGUGACAAAAGCCACUGAAAAUAACUUUUUUGCGAAACGUUUUGGCCAUUCCGAAUCAGAAUUUGAAUGA